CGGUAGAAAUAAGAGCAGCAAUCAGGAAGUUUUCCGGAAGUGCCAUUUAUUUUACAUCCUUACCAACUUUGAUAAGGAAGGCGAAAACCCUAAAAAUGCCGGUCAGUUUAUUUUAAUUAUGAACAAAGUUUAUGCUAUUUUUUGGCCUAAUGUGCUACUUACCGAGCUUUUAAUUAGUUUCUAAAAGAAAUAUUCCAAAAGUUAAAGACGACCACAAUGCGUUUCAAUUGAAUUUUAAUGAUUGAAUGUCAGCUAACGCCCACUUUCUUAAACUCUAAUGACUCUAUCUCUAAUGCAUCACACUUACUUAAUGAACUAUGAGCCUUAAGAAAUAUUAUUAUAUAGAAUUACAUAUUCUCAGGUUUAUGAAAAUCCUCCUAUGUUAAAUCGGUAAUAAAGCUAAGUACCUAACUCUAACAAUUAUUAUUGUAAACUAGAUAUGUAUACUGCAGAAGUUUUUAAAGUAAACAAAUAUUUAAAGUUAAAGUAAAUAAAGUUCAGGAAAUGGGGUAAAUUUACGCAGUCCAUGUUUCUCGAUUCACUGUGUUUUUGCAUUACUUUUUUAUCCAAUGGCUGCCAUCUUUGUUGCAUGAUAGCAGAUGACUGAGACGUGUCACCACAAGAAUGGUGUCGGCUGUGUUAAAACAAAAAGUAGUGCAAAAACACAUCUGCUCAAAUUCAGAUAAAAAUAUCAAAAAAGAAAUUUUACCUUUAUUAAAUUCUUGAAAAAAACAAUCUAUAACGUUAUUGAAUGCUAAGUCAGUAUCCCUAAAUCAAGUGUAAAUUUCACCAUAAAUUUAGUCCCCCCAACUUGAACGUGAAUUCACCCCAAAUUUAGUCCCUCUUAACACAAGCUUACAUCUUCAAACCUAACAACUAACGUGAAACGUACAACAAUAUGUUAGUGGGCUGAAACUGAAAUGCAGUUAGCAGCAGGAUCUGCGAUGUCUUCCACCGUAUAUAGGUCAUGGAGGUUCCCCAGGUCAACUACUGGCCAUAGUUCAGUUUAUCAAAAUAUUUCUAAAUUGAGCUCUGUAUUUUAUUGUCUUAAAAGAGUGGGAGGGGCGUCCAAGUCCAUUAUUUACAUAAAUUAUAAAUAUCUAAAAUGUAUCUAAGAGUCAAACUAAAAAAAAAAAAAAAAGUUUUAGGGACUGCUUUUUUUAAACUUUCAAUUUUUGGACAUAACUAAUCUAUUAAAACUUAGUAAACUUAGUAGUAGUAGUAGUAGUAGUUUUAUAUAGCGCGGUACCCCAGCCUAGGGCUGUACUCACCAUGCCAAGCGACCUAACUACACUGUCCAGACAUAGAAACAUGGCGUAUCUCAUAAAACACAUAGCACUAUGAAAAUUGACACACAUAUAGAUACAUGUAUAUCCGAGGGCUAUCAUAAAAAGUAAAAGGGUAUAAAUUUAACUUCAAAAUAAUCUUAAUGAUCAAAGAUGCCUUAUAUUAACCAAGAAUUUUCUCAAAGUUGACUGAUUGAAAUUUAGGCCAAGAUGUCCUCCAAAGAGAGAGGAUGCAAGCAGAACACACUUGUGGGACAAAAUAAUUAUUUUAUGAAAGAAAUAGCACUAGCAUAAAAAAAUUAAAAAACUCAGAUUUUCCUUCUUCGAUGUCCAUUUUCCAUGGUUGUCAGUAGUCUCCCUUGCUUUACCCAAGUGCCUAUUAAUUUUUAAAAAAUGUUAUUUGCUCAAGAGUAUAAUCAUAUAGUAAGACAGUAGAAACCUUAAUAGAAAAAGUGAUUGUAAUAUUUAUAUUUUAGUCUAAUCAAUAUUUUUAAAUGGUUGUAAGCUAAACUGAACCAAUUUUUUAAAAAAUCUUAAUUUUGUUACAGGCAUAUCAUUCCCAGUUCUUAAGUCCCCCUAAGCUUAUAGGUAACAUGGCUCUAUUACCUAUUCGAACUCAGUACAAAGGACCAGCUCCAAAAGACAGUAAGUGGAUUGCUUUAAAUAUUAUAAUUACUGGAUUAUUAAUAUUGUUGCAGUGUUAUUUGUAUUUUAUAGUAAAUGAAUCGUUUGAUUAGGUUUUUUUUCUCCAAAUUUUGUCUUCUUCAAUUCAAUUUUAUAAUUUUAUUGUCUUUUUUCAUUAUCUAUUUAGCUACAGAUUAUGACAUCAUUGAUGAAGCCAUAUUUUUCUUCAAAGCUAACAUUUUUUUCCGCAAUUAUGAAAUAAAGGUAAGGAUUUAAAUAUAACAUAAUAGUCUUUCUAUUUCUUUGACACACAUUUAAGUUUUUAAACAUCCUGAUCUCAUGUGAAGCAAUGCUCCUAUGCAAAUGAAUUUCUUGGCCAUCCAACAUAACCAAUAGUAAAGGCUGCUGUAACAAUGUAACGUUUUCUUUUGGUAUAGUUAGGGAAAAUAAUUUUAAUGAGGCCCUAUCAUUCUAUACAUGUGUCUUAUUAAAUAUGCUCCUUUUUCAAUGAAACAAGGGUACAUUUGCAAUGGAAGAACAGAUUGUCACUAUGAGAUUAUGUUGCAAAGUUUCAAAUAAUUUUGGAUGUAAACAUCAAUUUUUAGCAUAAUUAUAAUUUUUCCAACUUGUUUUUUCUAUUUUAUCCAGUUAUUUAUUCCAUGAAUACGUGUAAGUUGCAUAUUUUGAUUGUUGACUUGUUAUAACAUUCAAUACUCUACAAAUUCUUUUUGUUCUCUUGCCCAGAGUGAAGCUGACAGAACCUUGAUAUACAUUACUCUCUAUAUAAGUGAGUGCCUUAAAAAACUGCAACGGGUAAGAUAAAUUUCUAAUACUGUUUUUGCAUACAUCUUGUUUAAUGAAUGAUAAAGGUUUUUUUUUUAAAAUAUUAAUAAAUAUUAGCUGACUUUUGUCCUUUUAAAGAAAAGCUGUUAAUUGAAAUUAAAUUUUGGUAUAUGAAAUAACAUGUCGCUAUAAAAAAUAAAAUUCUUCCAAGAAACAAAAAUCUUAAUUUAAUAGAAUUCCUUAGAGUUUUAUAAUUAUUUCAUCCUUCAUCUUAUAUUGAUAAUGUUUUUUAAAAAUUUUAGUGCUCGUCACGGAGUCAGGGUGACAAAGAAAUGUACACAUUGGGUAUUUCAAAUUUCCCUAUACCAGGAGAAGCUGGCUUUCCACUUAAUGCCAUGUACACAAAGCCAGCUAACAAGGGAGAAGAAGGUAAAACAGAAAAGGGAAAAUUUGAGUUUUUAUUACUGUUUAAAAAUAUGUUGGUAGCAUUUCAGAUGUUUAUUUUGCAGUACUAAUAGCAUCCUUUCAUUUUUUGGGGGUUUUUUUUUGGGUUUGGAGAGGGUCCUUGGAUAUUUUAAUUUCUAAAACAGAUACUUUAUGCUGUUGAGAAAUACUUGAUAACUUGGUUGAUAACACAUUUAUAUUUAAAUUAGCGAUAGGACAAGUUAAAAUACCUUAAUAGUAGUGUAAAGUUGGUAGCCAACAGAAAUCGUAGCUUGUCUGAUAGAGUAAAGGCCUAGAUUUGAUGUGAAUAGAUGUCAUAGUAUAACAUGGAAAGAUUGUACUUGAAAAUUGCAGAUUAAAUAUAUUGUUUUACAUGUAUUGAUAAAUCAGGAUUAUACUUGAAUAAUACUGCUGAAUUGGUCUCUGAAAUAUAAAUCAAUGUCUUGCAACCAUCAAUCCAGACAAGGAUAAUCUCUUCAAUAAUUGUUUUCUUCUUGUCUCCAGAUACCAUGAAGCAGUACCUUCAACAGCUGAGACAGGAAACUGGAGUUAGGCUUUUGGACAAAGUCUUUGAUGCCACAGAU